UUGUAUUUUCUGCUUUAGACUGCUGGGUAUGUUGGUGGAGAGCCUGAGUGUGCUGACAGAGACAUGCCCUCUACACAGUGACCUGUUGUCAGCUGACAGGCUGGGACUGCCCAUGUUCAGGCUGAGGCUGCUAGUGGAGCCGAGGCCACCUGCCGAGACUGGGCCAGAGUAUCACACUCUCGUCAAUCUCAUCAACCUCACUGCCAAGAGGCUUGCUUCAAAUCUUCGGAUAUCUCCACGCAACAGUGGCACACAUCUGGGGCUAGCUAGCAAGUCUGCAUCUGACGACAAGCCCAAUGAUACUACUAAAGACUCAACCUGUGUACAAAUGUUUGGGAAGGAUGACAUCUACUUUGCUGCCAAGUUGUCGACCUGCAGCCAGACUGAACUGAAGUUGGUCCUGGAGCUGACAGUCCACUAUAUGAUCUCCAACACUCUCCUGACCAUUCUGUCCGACCAAAUGGGCUUUCACCAGUCCAUCGUCUUCCUUAGAGAUCUCUCCACAGAAGCUAAAACGUUCUCAGAGUAUGCUCAGAGACUUUGCUAUGGGAGGGAAACCAACAUGCUUUGGACACCAGAGCCCAUCAACCUUGGGAACUACAAGCCUCUGACCUGGGGCCACUCUGACCGGAGUGAGAUGGAGGACUCUGUGUCUCUUGGAUGUGCACUGUUGCCUGAAGCUGACUCUGAUGAAUCUUUGACUUCUCGGAGGUCUGCUUCACCCUCAACAAGUAAUGAACAGUUCUCCAAGAAGUUGAAACUAAACACGACUAGGGGGCCGUUGAGUCUGGGACAUUUCCUCCCUUCAGGUCUCGAGUUCGAUCAAUCCUUUGAACCUAGAAGAAAGGGUAGGAAAAAUAUCAGUUUCCAACAGUCCACAACAGACGAGGAGAUCAACCCAGACUUCAUUCUCUUCUGCAAUCACAUUCUAAAGCAAAUGUUUGGUAUGCAUGGCUUCGACGAGAGGUCGUUGAGAGCUGGUUUAUGACUCUGAAAUUCAAUGCAGUCAUACGUAAAGUAAUUAACUAUUGUAUUAAAUACAGUUUAUAAGCUUAAAUUACCAUCCCAGAUUUUUAUAAAUUUAAUGUAGAUAAAGUUUCAUAUAGAAACCAAAAUAUGUAUUUUUCUAUGACAAAAAAUUAUAAUUUUGCCUCAUUUUCAUGGAUGGUCUGGUAUAUUAUGUUUUACAGUGAGUAUUUUUCUUAAAUUCGUGGUGUAAUAAAUGGUGGUCCUUUUCAACUAGUUCUGAUUUGUUCAACAUUUUUUUACUGUUUUAUUCAUUUUUAUUGUAUUUUAGCUAUUAGGAUAUUUAUAUGUGAUUUUUACAGUAAUGGUUGUCAUUUUGUUUUAAUAUACUUUCUGUCCACUGUUCAUAAAACAGUUAUGUAAAUACAUUUUUUUACAAAAGGUU